AUGUUGCGUUUAGAUGGUCGCAAUGGUCAGCAAGGAUUUAAAGGGCAAGCUAUUUUGUUUGCUCAGCAAGUGGAAGAAGUAGCGGAACAGCUUCCUCUCUCGGUGGCAAACAUGGGUUUCACUAUUGUGACAGAAAUCCUUGAUAACGUGACUGGCAAUAGAAGAUAUAGUGUAGACACUGAAAGAAUUAAAAAGCAUUUAUAUGUAGAUAUCUCACUGGACCCUAAAACAUACGGUCAAACUCUGAAAAAAGAAUAUAUAUCGGACGAUCCCAAUAAAACAGGGGGCAUAGCAAAUAUGAUAAAACUUGGCAUUGGAUCACGAGCAAUGUUAAGACGCAACAUAAAUGUUAAUCACGGAUUAGUCAAUGGUGCUAUGAGGGUGCUCCGUAACAUAGAAUGGCCUGCUUUACGCUGA